CCGGAUACUGUGUGCGCUUGUGCAGGUUCAUCUAUUCCACGGGCGAUUAUUAUAAGGCCUAUAAUUUAUUGCACCCACGUUGAGGCAAGCAGCAAUGUGUUGAAUUUUAUUAUUAUUAUAAUUUUUUUUUAAAUUAAUGCUUAAUUGACGCGUCACCUACAAACAACAAAAUAAAUAAAGAAUAAAGAUGGCUGAAUUACCGAUGGGGAAAGGGGUGUCCGCAGGAAAAAUAGCAAGCAAUGUACAGAAAAAGAUUAUCAGGGCUCAGGAAAAGGUUCUCCAAAAGCUUGGCAAAGCCGAUGAGACUAAAGAUCUGGCAUUUGAAGAUUGUGUAAUCAACUUUAACAAACAGCUGGUGGAGGGCACCAAACUGCAGAGAGACCUUCGAGCCUAUUUGUCUGCUGUGAAAGCAAUGCAUGAGUCUUCUAGACGUGUCUACGAGUGCCUGGAUGACAUGUAUGAGACUGAUUGGUAUGGCAGAAAGGAUAUGGACUCCAUCUGUGAGGACUUAGAUCUCCUCUGGACAGACUUCCAUCAAAAACUGGUGGAUCAUGCACUUAUAUCCAUGGACACUUACCUGGGCCAGUUCCCUGACAUCAAGGGCCGUAUUGCAAAGCGUGACAGGAAGCUGGUGGAUUUCGACAGUGCCCGACACAAUUUUGCAGCGGUAAACAAAGGCAAGAAAAAGGAUGGGAUCAAGAUCACCAAGCCUGCUUCUCUGCUGGAGAGGGCUGCUCCAGGCUGGGCUCAGGGGAUCCUGUCAGCCCAUAAUGUGGCACAGACCAGCCUCUCCAGGAGUCAGGCAGAGGAAGAGUUGGACAGGGCACAGAAGGUGUUUGAAGAAAUCAAUAUAGAUUUGCAAGAGGAACUGCCAUCACUGUGGAACAGUCGUGUUGGCUUUUAUGUGAACACAUUCCAGAGUGUGGCUGGUCUUGAAGAGAAGUUCCACAGAGAAAUGGGCAAAAUUAAUCAGAAUCUGAAUGAUACGCUGGAGAAGUUAGAAAAUCAAGAUAUGUCCAGAAAUACAGGUAGCCAAAGGGUGAGGACAUCAGCAGCCCAGAAGAGUGACAGACCGCAAGAUGCCAAUCACACUUUGAGUCCAGGUGCACAGCCGGACAUUCCAAAAUCACCAUCUAAGCUACGGCCUACUGUUCCACCACCUCCUAAAGUUACUCCAUCAAAGGACCUGAAGCAGGAGAGCAUUAUCAAUCUCUUUGGUGAGGCUGCCACUCCAAAUAUCAGUGUCACCUCGCCAACACAGUAUGAUGCUCCAGCCACUGCUAAUCUGCUGGACAUGGACCUGGAUUCACUUCAAGCUGCCACCACCCCAGCACAGACAUGGGAUUCAUGGGGGCAAGCAGAAAAGGAAGCUGAUGUUCCCCAGACAUGGGACGAUGAUGGUACCCAGCCUGUGGGCUCUAGCUGGGGUGAUGAAGGUACUCAGGCUACCUGGGAUGAUGAUGGUAGCCAACCUGUGCAUGCUCCGGCCGCAUACCCCUCCUGGGAUGAUGAUGGCUCUCAUCCUGUGCAAGUGAAUGACAAUGAUUCUGCCCAGCAGGCCCAGGGGUGGGACGAUGAUGGGGCUCAGGCCACAGAAAGUGCAGCUGCUACAGAAGUUGAAGCUGCAACAGGAGCUGUAACUACAGCAGAAGCAACCAUUGAGAGCCCAGAGAGUGUAGAGAUGCCGGAAGCCUUCCUGUUCAAAGUGAAAGCAAUGCAUGACUAUGCUGCCAAUGACUCUGAUGAGUUGGAAUUGAAGGCAGGAGAUGUGGUGUUGGUGGUGUCCUUUGAUCAUCCAGAUGAGCAGGAUGAUGGGUGGUUGAUGGGAGUAAAAGAAUCAGACUGGAUUGAGUCUAAAAAUCAUGGGAAGAAAGGAGUCUUUCCGGAAAAUUUCACCCAGAGGAUGUGAGAGCCUGAACAUCAGCCUGAUCUGUGACACUUCAGCCCUUAGCCAAUCUCUAUUACUCUCUAUUACUCACAUUCUGAACUUUCCUUGAAAUUGCAAAUAUGGAAAAACUGUCCUACACCAACAAAUCAGAUAUACACCCACAGGCAAUCUGUUGGGUAAGUCUGUGAAAGUUGUUUGUAUUGUUGACAGGUUAGUAUUUGUAUUGUUUUGGGUGUCCUCACAUUGGCUCGAAUUUGUCAUGGUGUAAGGACUGUAUGAAAUUGGAUAAACCUCUUCUUUGACAAAAGAAAUGUGGCAUUCUGUUACAUUGUCUUGCAUUUUUUAAUAGAGGUAAAGCUGUUUCACCUUCCAGUGAGUUACGUACCCAAAGUUAGGAAAUAGUCCAGUUCUUUGCUUUAAAUGUUUUUAGACUAGAUGCUAUUAACCAUGUUCCAUUUUGUGUAGAAAACUUUUGAAGUCAUAUCCCUCAAUCACAUAUCCAAUACCUAAAAGAUGAGCUCACAAAAUGUUGAGGAAACUGCUAAUCCAUGUGGUCUAAUACUGAGUACUGUUUAAGCUGUAUGAUAUUGCUUAAAGUUCACCCGAAAAUGAAAACUCUCAUAAUUUACUCACCCUCAUGUCAUCCCAGAUGUGUGUGACUUUCAUUCUUCUUCAGAACACAUGAAGAUUUUUUGAAGAAUAUUUCAGCUCUGUAGGUCCAAACAAUGCAAGUGAAUGGUUGCCAAAAUUUUGAAGCUCCAAAAAGCACAUAAAGGCAACAUAAAAGUAAUCCAUAUGACUCCAGGUGUUAAAUACAUUUUUCAGAAGCGAUAUCAUUGGUGUGGGUGAGAAAUAGAUACAAAUUUAAGUACUUUUUGUUACUAUAAAUCUCCACUCUCCUUUUUUUUUUGGCAUUCUUUGUGCAUAUCGUCACCUGCUGUUUUCGGCUGGUAAAAUGUGGAGAGCUGAGUCAUUUUCCUAUCUACCGAGCUGUCUUCUGUGGAAAUGGAAUAUGACUAAUCAGCGUCAAAGAUCUUCCAGCACCAUUUUUCCUGCAUGAUUAAAUCAGUAACAAAAAAAGUAAAAAGUAAACUGACUAAUAUAGUUAGAGUAUAUUGUACUUCUUAUUAUGCACUUGUUCCUUAACACACAGUAUGCAGUCAAUGUGCACAUUGUGAGGAUGACAUAUUUAACCCCGGACUCUUGCUCAGGUUAAAUUUUAAUGAACCUGCGUGCUGUGUCUGAACCUCAGCUUUACUGUAUACACAAUAUUACUGGCCACAGCCAUUUUUUCUCUGUGAUUAUAAUUGUAAUUCACUGUGCAACUCAAGUCAUGUACAAAUAAUGUGUCUGCCUGUCAUUCAGUAAAAUAGGGUUUGUAUUCUGUGAAGGAGAACUACUGUCAAAUGCUCUUUGUUGUUAACAUGUAAUGCAAUAAUGUCUGCACAAAUCUUUAUUUCUUUAUCAAAUGUAUCCACAAAUGUGUGUCAGAGAUAUUGGGAUUUGAAAAAAGGGGUGGAUAUUAAUGCUCACAAAUGUGAGUUGUAUUAUGGUGCAAAACUAAAAAGUGAUUCAGAAAAUGCAUAAUAUGUAUUCCGUCCUCUUACCCUGUAUUUAUAGUUUUAUUUUUGUAUAUUGUGAGACAAAUGAGAGUCUAUGUGCCAUGAACUCUGGCUCACAAUUGGGGGUCUUACCUUGGUCUUUUCAUGUUGCAAUCAUAACCUACCAACAACCACACAGCAACAAGAGCAGAGCUUGUUUAUAAGUACUAUUUAUUAGGAAAAUGUUACAGCGAUAUUGUUUUAUCAGUCAAUUGUUUCUCUGAAUGAGAACUUGCCACACUUCACCAGUUUUGAAGCACGCAAGUGUGCGUUUGUCUGCACGCAUGGUUUUUGUAUUCUUUACUGGGAAAUCAAUGUGAUCUGUAUAGAGACUGAUCACUGAGUUAUCUAAGCUGCCAAUGCAUCUUUAUUAAGCUCUCGUGCAAGCUCUUGAUUAAAUUGAGAAGACACUUCCUCCGCCUAUACUUAAGCGCAGUUACAAGGUUUGCUAGUGUUGUUGCAUUUGUAGCUGUGAACAUUGUGUAAUUUUGUUGAGUUCAGUCACUAAUGAUUUUCUGAGCAUAUCUAUAUCUGUGGUUAGUGUGAAUAUGAAAGGAGUAAUGCUAAAAUCCUUGAGCAGUGUGUCAGUGCGUAUUAACUUGUUGUUUUAUUGCUGAGGGGGACUGGGAGACCAGGGCCACUUUAUGCUAUUAUAAGCCAUGAGUGCAGUCAUUCUGCAGACCUGUAUCCUGCUGACUCAACAAUGCUAAUAAACAUGGAUUUA